AUGGCGGCUCACGAACCGGAGGGCGAUCCCGUCUCAACGAUCCCUUCUAUAACCCCUUCCAUAGACUCCCCCCUCUCAACUCUCCAUGGCCAAUACAUAACCCUCCGACCCCUCCAACUUUCCGACGCCCCUCUCCUCUACCACUCCCUCGGCGGCCCCUCCAAUGCCUCCCUCUGGACCUACCUCCCCACCGACCCGUUCCUCGACCUCGAGUCUUUCACCGCACACAUAGAAUUCCUGUGCACAGGCACCGUCUUCAUCCCAUUCGUCCUCCUCUCGCACAACCCCGCCCACAUCCCCCCCGCCCUCUCCUCUGCCAUCCCGUCAGAAGGAGUCCCAGUCGGCGUCACAGCACUAUUGUCCAUCGUCCCCGCGCACCACACCAUAGAAAUCGGCCACGUGUUAUAUUCACCUCUCCUGCAACGCAGCACCGCGUCAACCGAGACCAGUUUUCUACUUAUGAAGCUUUGUUUUGAGGAGCUGCGCUAUGAGCGGGUCGAGUGGAAAUGUAAUGAUCGUAAUAAACCGAGUAUGAACGCGGCGAAAAGGUUGGGGUUUAGGUAUGAGGGUACGUUUCGGAGGCAUCUGGUUGUUAAGGGGCGUAGGAGGGAUACGGCUUGGUUUUCGGUGGUAGUAGAGGAGUGGGGGUCGGUCAAAAGGGUGUUGGAGAGUUGGUUGGGGGGAGGAGGGAGAGGAUUGAAGAUGUAA